GUUGUGUCUUGCUUCCCCGUGAGACUUGCCAAGGCCUACCCCGAGGAAGGUUCUCUUGGCUCCGGAAGAAAAUGUACUUGACCGCACCCUUGUUUCCGGCGCUGCUGCUCGCCGGCGCCGCUGCCAUUUCAGGUGCCUUGGCGUUCGAGAACCCACACCGCCAUGCUGCCACGCUCAGGAGCCGAGCUCCGAAGCCCGUUGCCAAGCCGGCGGCUCCCAUGAGACGUGCUCUGAGCGAGUCCUCGUCGUUUCUCAAUGCCAACAGUGAAAAGUUCGUGGUGAACGGCACAGGUGUACCAGAGGUGAACUUUGACCUCGGCGAAUCCUAUGCAGGUCGCCUCCCCAUCACAGACCCUGCUGCCAAUGCCAAUGCCUCCGCCAACGAGCUCUUCUUCUGGUUCUUCCCCUCGGCCAACCCGCUCGCCAGCAAUGAAAUCGUCAUUUGGCUCAAUGGAGGUCCAGGUUGCAGUUCAAUGGACGGGCUCUUUCAAGAGAACGGCCCUUUCCAGUGGCAGAGCGGAACUUAUGCCCCUCAACCCAACCCGUUCUCAUGGACCAACCUGACCAACAUGGUUUGGAUUGACCAGCCCAUCGGAACGGGACUAUCGCUGGCAGCACCCGGCGCGCCUGCGCAGAUCAGGGAUGAGACGGAUGUCGCAAGGACAUUUGCUGGGUUUUGGAAAAAUUUCAUCGAGACGUUUGAAAUGCAGGGUUUUGAUGUCUACUUCACCGGCGAAUCAUACGCAGGCCAAUAUAUCCCCUACAUAUCCAGUUACUUCCUUGACCAAAAUGACACAACAUACUACAACGUCAAAGGCAUCCAGAUCAACGACCCAUCCAUCGGCUCCGGAGCGGUGCUAGAAAGUGCGCCGGCAGUUCAGUAUUUAAACUACUACAACAACAUUCUCAACCUCAACGACUCCUUCGUAACCGCCAUCAACGAACGCGCCGAUGCAUGCGGCUACACGGCCUUUAUGGAGCUGGCUCUUACCUUCCCACCGGCUGGGAAAUUCCCCGCGCCAUUGUCGCUUGGUAAAGGGAACUUGAGCCGGGCCGAGUGUGAUGUUCUUGAUGACAUUUAUGAGGCUGCACUCUAUGUCAAUCCGUGCUUCAAUUUCUAUCACAUUACUGAUUACUGCCCUUUCCUCUGGGACGAGCUCGGCUUUCCCAGCUUGGGUUACGGCCCUAAUAACUACUUCAACCGGACCGACGUCCAAAAGGCGCUCAAUGUCGAACCCCACGUCGACUACGCCAUCUGCGGCAACCCAACGCUCGGCCUGGAACACUCCCUCCCCUCAUCCUUUACCGUCCUCGCCGGCGUAGUCGAGCGCACAAACAACGUCCUCGUCGGAAACGGCAACCUGGACUUCCUCAUCCUCACCAACGGAACCCUCGCGACACUCAACAACAUGACCUGGAACGGCGCACAAGGCUUCCAAUCAGACCCGUUUGCGGAGAAGUUCUUCGUGCCCUAUAACCCUACAAUCGGAUAUGCGUUGGAGGAGACGUUGUAUCAGAGUAACAUCCCGUCCGUGAGCGUUGGUCUCGUGGCUGGUGGUGGGUAUUUUGGUACUACGCAUACCGAGCGUGGUCUGACAUUUUCGACGGUCGAGUUGGCUGGUCACGAGGUUCCUCAGUACGUUCCUGGUGCGGGCUACAGGCACCUUGAAUUCCUCUUGGGCCGCAUCUCCAGCCUGAGCGAGAUAUCAGAUUUCACCACUCAGAAUGGAAACUACACUGGCACCACGCCGCUGUAAAUGUAGGAUAGUAUAGAGACGCGAAAUAGCUGAGCGCAAAUCUCCUG